AUGGCAGGAUCAUCCGACAAGUAUGGGCUUUGCCCAAAGUGCAGGACCGGCCGUCGUCAGCGCCUCUCUCGCGUUUCUCGGGAUCUAGGCCAACCGACCGUGGCAUACCGGUUCCUUUGCACAAACCGAAAGGCAGGAGCGGCCCCAUGUGACUACAGCGAAGACCUGGACGAUGACCCGGCCUUGUACCCAGAAAUCUAUUCAGGGCAGCUGCCGGCUACCUACGGGGGAAUCACCUUGGAAGGCGCGGGCCAGGGCGGCAAGAACCUGAGCGCGGCAGGGCAGGAGCUGGAGAAUCGCAAGAUUGCCACGCGCAAGCAGAUCGCCAGGAUGGUCUACAAUCUCAACAAAAAUCAGGAUCAACUCAAAGAGCCUCGAUCAGACUGCCCGACUUGCAAAGUUGGGCGGCUGACCAAGCGGUUCAAGCCGGGAUACUACGACGUUGUGGAAGUCCUUCGCUGCGAGAAAUGCUACAUCGGGAACGAAAUCUUCGGCGGCUGCGGAUACAGCAUGGAUAUCAGGAGGAUUCCUGUUGAGGGUCCUGGAAUGCUAGCCCCCAACAAAAAGGCGCCUCUCCGUACUUUCGAUGGGGUUAACAAUACUUACAGGAACGAAUAUUCCGACUCGGGCGGGUCGGCCAUGCCCUCUGGCGUUGGGACGGCAGGCACGGGGGGCAGCAAGGCCGCGGAGAACUGCGGCGUUGCUGCCACCCAGGGUCUGGCCAGCACCCAACAGCCAGAGGGCCGCCGACCCAACCGGCUCCUACUUAACGGCUGGAACCCCUCCAUCCCGGCUGUCUACGCCAAUUUGUACGCCGGUCCUCGCCCCCAAGGUCCAACUCCCAAUCCUCUCGACAACAUUGACCAGGAACUAGAAGAAGCCCUCGCCCAAGCAAGCAAAAACGCCAUGUACGGCAACAAGAACGGUGCGAGCAAGAGCUCUCGGAGAGGCGCGGGCCCAAAGACCCCGCCCCCUCGCUACUCCCCAUAUUUCCCUCGGCCGCACAGCAGGCCAAACCCGCGCCGCACCACGACUGCCAAUUUCUUCGUGGAGCAGCGGGCGGAGGAAGAAAUUGGGGGGCCUGACGACAAGUCCGGGACCUGGCUGCGGCGACGCGCCAGCAACGAUACCAUGCCACUGGCCACUGCCGGUGAUGAGCCUUCGGCCACGGCCGUGACCACACCUCCGGACGGCGACGUCCGGCCCAGUGUGGCGCGAGCCCGCGCCUUGGUGCAAGCAACCCAGAGCGACACAGCGCGCCAAAUCAGCCAAAAGCGCAGGGAGCAAGAUGAGUGGACGCUGAAACAGCGCACUCGGGCUUUCGCCAACCCGCGCAUGGCCGCUGUGAUCGAGCUGCGGCCCGCGCUGCGCGAGGCCAACCGUCGGGCAGUCAUCGAGGACUCCCGGUGGUUGGAGUCGCGCGGCAACCUGAUCGACCUCACCGACGCUGUGGACAGCGAGGAGGAGCGAGAGAAGGCCCACCUGUCAAUGGACCGCUGGGCGGCCAAGAGGCGGGAGGAAGCGCGGGAAAGGACGAUUGACCAGGCGAAGAGAAAGCGGGUCAUCACCCUUGACAGCGACGAGGAGGAGGAGGUGGAGCCGAAGAGGGAGAAGCUCCAUCCCGACGACGAUGCCGAGCCCAAGGGCGACAAGAACGACCCCAGCAAGCUGUCAGACUCUUUCACGUCCUCCCCCCCAAUCCACCCGAGGAACGAAGCGGAUCUCAUUGGAGAGGUGUCCGACGCCGGCGAGUCUUACCUUGAAGAUUCUGACGAGGAGGCAGCUGAGGAGGACGACGGCGACCCGGAGGAGGAUGAGGAUGAUGAAGGCCAUCCAGAGGAGGAUGAAGAUGAGGAAGAGCUGAACUGGGAAGACUUGGUCGACGAAGAAGACAUUCGAACCUUCGACACCGGCGGUGCCGAUCCACCCAUGUCGCGCUCCGAAAUUGAGGCCUUCGACGAGCUUUGCAGAAAAGAGCUGAGAGAGGCGAGAGAGGCGAGAGAGGCGAGAGAGGCGAGAGAGGCGGGAUACGACGCUGAUAACGAGCAUGGGACCAGCGACAACAUUUAA